AUUCCCAAGGCCUGCACCAUCUAGCAGGCCGUCAAGCCAGCCAGUUCCACACUUCCACUUCCACAGGCGCGCAGCCGGCCGCUCACGUAACGCCAACUCCCCUGUCUCCGCGCGGCUGCAGCCGACGCCGGCCUCUCUGUCCCCGUGUGUCCUGCUGCCUAUCUUCGCUCCACGUCCACGGUGACACCAUGCCGGCGCCCAAGUGGUUCCAGAAGCUCCGGGGGAGGAGGAGCAAGGGCAAGCAGCAAGGCCCGUGCGCCAGAGGCCUCGCCGCCGAGGACGCGCCGGCGCAGGGCCAGCGCCCGUCGUCGCUGCCAGCGCCCUGCGCCGUGUCCCCCAACCGGGCGUCCUACUACUUCGCCAGCGCGGACCGCGCGCGCCAGGACAGGGACCUCCCCUGCGCCGCCGACGCGGCGGCGGCCCUGCUGGACGUCCGCGUCGACGUGGUGCACCGCCGCGCGGGCGACCGGCGGCUCGGCGGCCUCGACGCGCCGCCCGGGACGCCCGAGCUCCAGCUGCGGCCCAUCGUCACGAGGCCCCCCGUCGACGACGCCUCGGCCAGCGGUGGCGUCAGCAGCGCCAGCGCCACCACGUCGGCAGCCACCACGCCGUCCACCAGGGCGCGCAGGUUCCACGUGAGCUCGCCUAUGGCCAGGCGCCGGCGCCGGCGCCGGUGCGACCACGACAGCGUCGCGAUCAAGAAGGGGAAAGCGGCGGCCGCGGAGGAGGAGGAGGAGGAGGGGGAGGUGUCGCCGGUGCCGUCCCUGCGCGCGCCCACGCGGCGGCGAAGGCGGCGGUGGCUGUACGAGAGCCUGGUGGUGGUGAAGACGUCGUCGGACCCGGAGCGGGAGCUGGCGGAGAGCAUGUCCGAGAUGGUGGUGGCCAACGGCAUCCGCUCGUCCGAGGACCUGGAGGAGCUCCUCGCGUGCUACCUCGCGCUCAACGCCGCCGAGCACCACCGCGCCGUCGUCGCCGCGUUCCGCCGCAUCUGGCUCCUCCUCGACAAGCACAGGCUGCUGCUCAUCUAGGCACAUCGUGCAGCAGCCGCGCACCUCGCCAGCUGACGGCGCAGCUACCGUAGCGUAAACAGUGCUAUCGUGUGAGCUGUGACGACGAACAUGCUGCACGCCAUGCCAUGCCAUGCCUGCAUGCAUCUUGCCGUGUUUAUAAUCGACACCUAUUUUAGU